CUCGAUGUUUCGACAUUAUCAUCAAAAUUAAACUUUUCCUUACCGUUAUUAUUCGACAAUCGUAUUCCAUGAUUUAGAAUGAUAGCUCAUGAGUGAUAGCUCUUGCUUGAUAGCAAAUGAGUCGAUCUCCGUACGAGAGGAUACCCGAAGGUGAGAGAAUUGCAGGUGAGAGAAACCGGGCAAGCGCAUCGCGAGGCAUAUUGUUACGCACCUGGAUUUGACUACUAUCGUUAUUUCGAAGUAAAAUGCGGUCAGUGGAUGUAUGGCAGCUUUUUCGAUUCCGAGACUUUUGUAACCGAAAGUACUGUAUAUGUUUCUACCGGUAGAACGUACGAGAAACAUGUUCAUAUUGUUCGUAAUAUCUGGACCGUGAUAAAAUAAUCGAACAACUAAUCGAAUUUACGAAUCCUCGAUGUCGUUCUUAUCUGUCCACCUGAUCACAUCAUUUGGAGCAGCGACGUCUAUUUUGUCGCAAACACUCAGGAAUAAUCUUUCCUGUGAUAAAUCUUUCAGUAAAUCUAUUCGGAAAUCUCAGGCCAUCCUCGUGAUAAGCUGCUGCUGAACGCUUUUCAAGGAUUCGUCAUCCUUGCGUUUGGGACGAGAUCUAAGACGGGAAGCAUGUCGUUGCAUUAUCCCCAAGGAUAUCGGUAUCGUCCGGCUAGUAAAGCUGUCGGAUCAGGAAAUGGAGAACAAGGUUCCGACAGUGAUGUUGCCGAACUUAGUGAUCUCGAAGAUGACGAGGAUGAAGAUGGAGGCGGCCAGUCGACCAAUAGACGUAUUGAACAAAACGUGGAGGAAGAGGAGGAUGAGGAUAAUAACGAAGAUGAUGAUGAUGACGAGAAUGACGAAGACCAAGAAGAUGAAGAGGAAGAUGAAAAUGAAGAGGACGAUGGAGUAGAUGAUGUGAAUGGUGACGAGUUAUCUUAUCCUGGUUUCGUGCCGGUUGCAUUGCGAUAUCUCGACCAGAAUACACGGCCGCGCAACUGGUGUCUGGCACUUAUCACUAAUCCGUGGUUCGAAAGAGUGAGCAUGAUGGUAAUUCUUUUAAACUGCAUUACAUUGGGGAUGUACCAGCCAUGUGUCGACGACCAGUGUGUAACAAAUCGUUGUAAAAUAUUACAAAUGUUCGAUGAUAUCAUUUUCGCCUUUUUCUCCCUGGAGAUGACAAUCAAAAUGGUCGCGAUGGGCAUUUACGGAAAAGGGACGUAUCUCGCGGAUUCCUGGAAUAGAUUGGACUUCUUUAUAGUGAUUGCUGGUGCCCUGGAAUAUUGUUUGAACGUGGAAAACAUGAAUUUAUCGGCAAUAAGAACAAUAAGAGUCCUUAGACCUCUACGUGCCAUUAACAGAAUUCCAAGUAUGAGGAUACUGGUGAUGCUUUUACUCGACACUCUUCCUAUGCUGGGCAAUGUGCUGCUCUUAUGUUUCUUCGUCUUCUUUAUAUUUGGUAUUGUCGGCGUGCAACUGUGGGAGGGCAUCUUGCGUCAACGGUGCUUCCUGAAGGCUUUACCCAAUGUCAAAUAUCCUGAGUUACUCUCGGACGAGUACUCGGUUCGAUCACGCAUUUACGACCUUGAGAAGUACUUCGAAUAUCAGGGUCAGGACUACAUUUGCUCGCGUCCCGAUGACAACGGAAUGCACUCUUGCAAUAACUUACCGCCGCUCAAAUUGGGAAACGUGGUUUGCAAUAAUACCGCGUUGCUAAACAAUAAUACAACGUUUAUCACCAACGACACCUGCGUUAAUUGGAAUCACUACUAUACGGAAUGCAAGGGUCAGGGUAACAAUCCUUUCCAAGGAACGAUAUCAUUCGAUAAUAUCGGUCUUGCCUGGGUCGCAAUAUUUCUUGUAAUCAGUCUUGAGGGAUGGACGGAUAUAAUGUAUUACGUGCAGGAUGCUCAUUCUUUUUGGGAUUGGAUAUAUUUUGUCCUUUUAAUUGUGAUUGGUUCCUUCUUCAUGAUUAAUCUCUGCUUAGUCGUAAUAGCAACGCAAUUCUCAGAAACGAAAAAGAGGGAGAUGGAGAGAAUGCGACUGGAACGUGCUCGUUUUCAUUCUACAUCAACUCUUGCAUCAUCGACAAAUACUUCAGAGCCAACUACAUGUUACGCAGAAAUUGUUAAAUAUAUCGCACACCUGUGGCGAAGGGGGAAGAGAAGGUUAAUGAAGAGGUACCGAGUGUAUUUAUAUAAAAGACAACAGAAACGUGAGCAGAAUUUACUUAAGCAACAACAUGGACACCCAUUUCGAGGAGGUGCACCCGGUUCUGAUCCGAAUAGAUUACCCGGAGAUAGAAGACUCCAUCACGGUAGAUGUCCCAGACUGUUGGCGGCUUUGGAAUACGCGGAACAGCAGCAACAGCAGCAGCAAGGCAUUGGCAGUGCUGGGGAAUCGCUUACUGAUUUCCCAGUGAACAGUCCUCCAACACAGACUGCAAUCCUUGCAACCGCGAUUGGAAAUAAUGGCGGUAGCAAUGGGAAUUUGGCGAUUGCGCCUCGUGCCAGUCCCGAAAUAUCCGAGGCAGAUGUCUCUUCGAACGUGUGCAAUCGUAUGGGGCUUCAUCGAACUUCAUCCGUUUCUUGCAAUGGAAGCGAUAAUAUUCUUUCGAAUGCGACCGAAGCAAGCAUUCAGACGAACAACGCGCUGCUAAGUCCACCUUGCACACACUAUCGCAGAAGAAGCAGCGUGAUGUUCAGCGACGUAGUGUUGCUGCACGGCAGCAAUAGUGUCGGUAACGCGUUGCAGGCUGGCACGGCGGUUUCGCCCGGCGAAAGGAAUGUGUGUUCGAGCGAAAAAAUGACGCAGACCGGUGACGGGAAUGUUUGGUCGAGUCCACUACCAGAUCAUAUACAGAUGCAAACUGAAUUGGGUGGAAAUGAAGCUAUGACUUGUCAAGAAUUACUUGCAUUAAGCGGUGCUUUAAGCGCUGCAUUACCGACCGGACAAUUGGCAUUGGAUUCUUUUCUUAAUUCGCUUACUAAAGGAAUAACGGAUCGACAUAUUACCCUAGAGGAUCAUACGCAAUGGUUAGCUUCGGACAUUGAUAAUUGCUCCUGUUGCUGUGAACUCCAGGGCAUUGAUCAAUGGCCAGACGAAAGUGACAAAUGGAAAAGUUCCCGUGCGAAAAGAUUCCUAAGAAGUUAUGGAAACAGUUGUAUUUGCGCUAUAAGGUGCAUAAGACGAUUGAUCAAGAAGCUGGUCGAGCACAAAUAUUUUCAACAGGGUAUCUUAUUGGCGAUUUUGAUCAAUACUUUGAGCAUGGGAAUAGAAUAUCAUAACCAGCCAGAGCAAUUGACAAUAGUAGUUGAGGUAAGCAAUAUUGUAUUUUCGGCCGUCUUUGCUGUGGAAAUGUUGCUCAAGAUAAUCGCGGAAGGUCCAUUUGGAUACAUAAGCAAUGGAUUCAACGUUUUCGAUGGAGUUGUUGUAGUGCUCAGCGUGGUGGAGAUUUGUCAAGCAUUCGUCGAAGAGAGGGGUGGCAGUUCCGGGCUGAGUGUGUUGAGAACCUUUCGGCUACUCAGAAUCUUGAAAUUGGUGCGUUUUCUACCAAAUCUCCGACGACAAUUGUUCGUGAUGCUGCGUACUAUGGAUAAUGUUGCCGUAUUCUUUUCCCUUUUAGUACUUUUCAUCUUUAUAUUCAGCAUCCUAGGAAUGUACCUGUUCGGGGGUAAGUUUUGCAUGUGGGCGGACCGGAGUCGGCCCUGCACCUGUGCCGAGGUGGUCUCGCGGCACCCAUUGUGUCGCUGUGAUCGCAAACAUUUCAACGACAUCGUCUGGGCACUUGUCACGGUCUUUCAGAUCUUGACACAGGAAGAUUGGAAUGUCGUGUUGUUCAAUGGAAUGCAGAAGACGUCUCAUUGGGCAGCUCUUUAUUUCGUCGCAUUGAUGACCUUUGGAAAUUAUGUUCUAUUCAAUCUAUUGGUCGCCAUUCUUGUCGAAGGAUUCUCUUCGGAGAGAAAUGAAAGAAGAGAACGAGAACAAAGAGAAAUGGCUAGGCUUGCUGCGAAAGAAGCAGGAAUAGAGNAUGGUUCUUCGAGGAUUUCGAGAUCUCAUUCGAUUACUGAUAGUGAUACUUAUACCCAAGAUCGAAAAAAUUCCUGGCAGAGUGCGGAAGAGUUACGCAAAUAUAAAGAUAACAAGAGCAAGGAAAAACACAAUACCGUAUGGAAGCAUCAAAUGGACGAGCCUAAGUGUAAUAUUCAAAAGGAGAAUAAAAUGAUGGGUACUGCCGGUCAACCACCGAUAAUUACUCAUACAGCGGCCACUCCUCAAGAUUCACCGAACACCACUCUCGACGUCGGUUACAGAGAUUUAAAUUAUCGAGCUAUUUAUCCUACUGCGGCACUGUCAAUCGAAUCUAUAGAUCGUUCAGGAAGUCAAUGUAGUAUUCCUUCCGGCCUGUUAAAGUUACCAGACGUUUCAAACAAAAUAUCAACUAAAAAUCUCAUUGCCGGACAAUUUUCUCGACGAAUAAGCCUUGUCACGGCUGUUAUUAAUCCAGCAACGAGAGAAUCAUCUAGUUCAAGUCCACCAAGGAUACAAAGAGGUUAUUCGUGGAAAUUAUCACGGCCAUCUUUGAGGAAGAAACAUUGGUCACAAACGGAAGAUGAAUCUUUUGGUAGAGACACUGUUUUAAAUAACGGUCGAAACACUAUAUUAGGUUCCAAUUCAACUUUCAACACUGGUUAUUUAUACGGUUCGAUAAGAAAUGACACGCAAAGCGAUACACCGAAUAAUCGAAUGACUGUCCUAACAAGCAAUAAUCGUAGUCUCAGCCCUAAUAAUUCCAUCGAAAGCCAUAGUUCCUCCAUUAAACGUUACACAGCAACGCCCAAUCAGAUGCGAUGGAUUAGUGACCUUUCACGAAGGAACUCGUUGCGUGAAAAUGAAAAUAUUCAAUCACCAACAAGGAAGAUUUUACCUCUGGACGAAAUACCUAUGCAAUGCUCAACGGCACGUACAAUCAAUAAUUUAUCAAUGGAGACUGGUCCACUGCCCAGAAUUAAACGACUUCCCGAUCAAGAUAAUGACAAUUCUCAUACAGAUGAACAGACGCCUCCUUUGAAUGGUCAUGGUAGUGUAAGCAGUAUUGAGAGAAUUAAAAAGAUUUUCAUGUUUUUUGAACCUAAAGGAUGCCUUAAGGAACGCGAUGAUUACUCACUGUACAUUUUUCCACCGAAUAACAGAUUUCGUGUUUUAUGUCGAUUGUUGGUCGAUCAAAGAUGGUUUGAUAACGUAAUACUUUUUUUUAUCGGUCUCAAUUGUAUUACAUUGGCAAUGGAACGGCCAAAUAUACCACCUGAUAGUGGAGAAAGACUUUUUUUAUCAAGUGCGAAUUAUAUUUUCACUGGGGUGUUUGCUGUUGAAAUGUUUAUCAAGGUUGUUGCAUCUGGUAUGCUGUACGGUUCCGACGCUUAUUUUACUUCAGGUUGGAAUAUUAUGGAUGGAGUUCUUGUAAUCAUUUCUAUAAUUGACUUAUCAAUGUCCUUAUUGUCGUCGAGUAGUCCAAGAAUAUUUGGAAUAUUGAGGGUUUUUAGACUUUUAAGAUCAUUAAGGCCAUUACGAGUUAUUAAUCGAGCUCCUGGUUUGAAACUAGUUGUUCAGACAUUGUUAUCCUCUUUACGACCUAUCGGCAACAUCGUUUUGAUAUGCUGUACUUUUUUCGUAAUUUUCGGUAUCUUGGGCGUACAACUCUUCAAAGGUGCCUUUUAUUAUUGUGAAGGGCCUGAUAUUAAAAAUGUACGCAAUAAGACGGACUGCCUGGCCGACAAACGAAACAUUUGGUUAAAUAGAAAAUACAAUUUCGAUGAUCUUGGAAAAGCGCUGAUGUCGUUAUUUGUACUUUCCUCAAGGGAUGGAUGGGUAAACAUCAUGUACACUGGAUUAGAUGCUGUAGGCGUUGAUCAACAGCCAAUCGAGAAUUAUUCGGAAUGGCGGCUUUUAUAUUUCAUAGCUUUUAUUCUACUCGUGGGCUUCUUCGUCCUAAACAUGUUUGUAGGUGUUGUAGUGGAAAAUUUUCACAGAUGUCGUGAGGAACAGGAAAAAGAAGAGCGCGUAAGAAGGGCUGCUAAAAGAGCCUUACAAAUGGAGAAAAAACGGCGAAAAAUGCACGAACCGCCUUAUUACACAAAUUAUUCAAAAUCUAGACUGUUCGUACAUAAUGUUGUGACAUCUAAAUAUUUCGACUUAGCAAUUGCUGCGGUAAUCGGUCUGAAUGUUGUUACCAUGGCAAUGGAAUUUUACAUGAUGCCAAAAGCUCUGACUUACGCUCUAAAGAUAUUCAAUUAUUUCUUCACUGCGGUUUUCAUUCUUGAAUCUUUUAUGAAGCUUCUUGCCUUAGGGUUACAUCUUUAUCUUAAAGACAAAUGGAAUCAGUUAGAUGUAGGAAUCGUGAUAUUAUCGGUAGUUGGUAUAGUACUUGAAGAAGUUGAGUCAAAGAUCAUUCCGAUUAAUCCUACUAUAAUUCGAGUCAUGCGAGUUUUACGAAUUGCUAGAGUUUUGAAGUUGCUCAAAAUGGCGAAAGGAAUACGAGCUCUUUUAGACACAGUAAUGCAGGCAUUACCGCAAGUUGGAAAUUUGGGACUAUUGUUUUUUUUGCUGUUUUUUAUCUUCGCAGCUCUUGGUGUAGAAUUGUUUGGACGUUUAGAAUGCAGUGAUGAUAUGCCUUGCCAGGGUCUCGGAGAGCAUGCUCACUUUAGUAAUUUUGGUAUGGCGUUUCUAACACUUUUUCGAGUGGCCACCGGCGACAAUUGGAAUGGUAUCAUGAAGGAUACUUUGAGAGACGAUUGCGACGAAGCAGCAGAUUGCGUGAAGAAUUGUUGCGUGAGCACCAUCAUAGCUCCGAUAUUUUUUGUAAUUUUCGUGCUGAUGGCACAAUUCGUUCUUGUUAACGUCGUCGUUGCUGUACUCAUGAAACAUCUCGAGGAGAGUCAUAAACAGAUGGAAGACGAACUGGAUAUGGAAACACAGCUAGAAAGAGAAUUAGCCGCAGAGCAAGAAGAAUUAUUAGAAGUAGAAGAAGAGGAAGAAGAUGAUGAAACUAUAAAACGAGAAAGAGACGAUGGCAUGGAAGAUGACGACGUUAGAGAACGUGAGUCUAUUUUAGUGACGAACGAAAAGAUUCCUGCUAGCAGACCUGGUCUUGCGAAAGUUCGUUCCUUGCCUGCAAAUUUUAUUUACAAUCCACCACAGGAGAAAAACGCAGACGAUAGAACAAUAUCAGUCUCAUUAUCGCGACGCAGUUCGUAUCAUCGUUCUUGUUCAAGGCCGUCCAAGUUCAAAUCGAAACGUAGACAAACGUUUCACUCGGAGCAUCAUCAGAGAAGAUCUUUACUGCCGAUGCAUUUUGAAGUCGCCGAAGUUUUCGAGAAGCCUGUGAACAAUUUAAGUGUGCCUCGAAUCAUUCCUCAACACAGCUACGAUACAAGUCGAGAUGUCACUCACGUGCAGCGUCAAAGAUUACAGGCAACCAGCGAUGGACAAGAAAACAAGACUCUGUUGAGCGUAAACAAACCGCCAGCAAGUUCUUCCCCGGUAUCGCCGGUCGGCUCUGUAACAACUCUAACUUGUCCUAAAAUAAGCAGCGAACGUUAUCUAAUGCCAACGCCCAAUAUCUACCCGUCCAAGGCAACAUUAAGUCGCAGGCCAUCGAGCGACACGCAGUCACAAUCUGAUACAAACGUCAGCAUCGGAAGCAUCGUCUCAAAAAUGGGCAGCACGAUGAACGGCUAUAUGGAAACCGGCGUGUCGAGAAGCAAUGGCAGCAAAUCGAAGGAGAAAAAUGAGAGACGAGUAUCUGCUCCACCGACGGACGAUCUUGACGUGCAAUCAAUCAUUAACGAAAGAAGACCGUCCAAACUGAAGAGCGGAAAUUCGACAGGAGCAAUGAGGAUUGUCGGUGAUCAAUAUUCCUCGUCGACUCGAGUAGAAAGUUACGGCCAGGUCUGUGUGACCGAGGAACGUUCCGAAGAAGUAUCACCUAUGUCGAGUAGCAACAUGAGCGAUAGCAUCAUAGGGAGCAGCAGCACAAGUGGAAGUGGAAGUGUGACUGGAAGUGGAAGUGUGAACGGUAGCGCGAAUGGAAACGGUAGCAGGAAUGGAAGCGCUGUGAUGCAUAUAAUAGGAGUGUGCGCCAGUAUUGGCUCGAAUGUUCGUAUAUACGUGGACGAUUCGGCGAGUAGUAACAAUCAAAGAAAAAAAUCGAGCGAAGGAACACCGGAAGCUUCGACAACCAUUUCAUCGGUAACUGCAAUACCAGAUGUGAUGAUAGAGGAAGAAAGAUCGGAGAGAUUCGAUAGAGCGUCUUCUGGUGGACCAUCGGAUCCUUCUUAAGUAACAACUUUUAUCUUCGAUACGUUUAGAAAAAAGUAAACAAAAAAAAAAAAAACAAAAACAAAAAAAAAUGAAAAAAAAUAAUCGGUUUUACUGAGAAAAAUGGUAUAGAUUUCUAUGCAAUUGCUAGCCUACCAUGGUAUCCACGGCGAAAUACCAUGAAGAGUACUGCGAGGGUUCAAUGUUGGGCUCUAAGAAAGACUGUAGUGCAUGACAAUAUAGUCGUUAUAUUCUAGUUACUUUGCCGCCGUGAACUUGCCAAAAUAGGAAAGGAAUCGUUUAGACCGAGUUGGAAAUGCUAGAAAUUAGAGGAAUAGAGGAAGAGAGAAGGGAGAACGAGUGAGAUGAAAGUGGAGAGUAAUAAUAAUAAUUAAAAAGUACGAUUGAAUAUUCAAUCACGGACGAAUAAGAUUAAGUCAGUUGUGCAUCUUGCAUCAUGCGGAAUGAAAAGAAAAAAAGAGAAAAAAAGUGAAUGAAAGAUUGCGCGUACGCGUCAAGCGUGAAAUUUAACGUGCGUAAAACAAAAAGCGAAAAGCAUUUAAAAAGAAAAAAAAGAAAAAAAAAAGAAAAAAAAAGAAAUGAAAAACUUAUGACAAUCUACUAUUGCCAACGGAACCAAUCUUAUGUUCCGUGAAAAAAAUACAUCGUGAAAAUCGAUUCGUAGGAAUUGGUAGGAUGAAGAAUGACGUAGUUUCUGCGUCGAUAAUUAGAGAAAUUUACGUAGUCGAUAGGUGAACUUGAGAACAAAAAAACAAAAAAAAAUGAAAAAAGAAAAAAAAAGAGAAAAAACAAAUUUGUCGAGUCUACGCGACAAUUGCAAUUAAUCGGACCACACUUUCUCGCCUUUCCUUUUUCUCCAACUCGUCAAAUAAAAAUAAACGUGUGUCGUUCGCAGGAGAAUUUCGAGAGCCACGGUAGAUCGUGGGUAGCUCUCGACGACAGAAACGAAACGUGCCAAACUAAAAAAAUGCGAAAAAUAAUAAAGAAAAAAAAAAAAUAAUAAUAAAAAAAAUGGUCAUUACCGAAGUGCCAGAAAAUCUAGAUAAAAAAAAAAAAAACAGUUUCGAAAUAUAAAAGAAGAAACAAAAAUAAAAAGUAGUAUAGUUUUUUCGUAAUCGUGAGACAGAGAUUUUAGCUGCGGAAAUAAAGAAAAAUUACAAAAAAAAGAAAAGGAAAAUUGUGUAUUAAUUACUAAUUAAGAGCUUCAUAAUAAAAUAUUCUCAGAACCAAUAUAGUGUGUGGUUAAAGGAGAAGGAUAAGGUCGAAAUAUUGUUAUGAUUGGCUAAAAUAAUGAACAGCCAAUUUAUAGCUUAAUCGAUUAUAAUGGUAUUUUUGUCACCUCUUUCAAGCUAACUCUAUAUAAAAAAAAAAGAAAAAAGAAAAAAAAACACUCGACGAUUAGCUCGGAGUUUGAGAUAAAAUACGAUUAGAAAUUUAAGAUGUUGUGAUAAUCUUUAAUACAAAUUGAAACUCGUACAAUUUAUGUAAUUUCUAUGUCAAUUGGUAUUACUUCAACGUAGAAAGCUAUGCAGAUACCAGCUGCCGUGUACUUCCGGAUAAUCCUGCGGCGACUAACGAAAUAUUCUCUUCGUUUCCUUCUCUUCAUUUCUUUCUCGCGUUCUAGAACAUUUUUCUCAUUAACAUCUGUGAUAUACUUUAAUCGUAGUGUAUUUCCUACAUAAAAAAAAGAAGAGAGAAAGAAAGAGGAAA